AAACAGGAGGAACUUUCUCUAUCUCCGACAAUUCAUUCGAGCGAAGGUGAAGUGGAGGACGAAGCUAUUAGUCAUGGGGUUAUUAAAACAGCAACUAAAGUAUUGGAUCAAAACCUGAAUAGGAAAGGUGAAGAGGAUGGAGACUACUAUGAGGUUGAAGAGGGUGAGAUACACACCCUUGAGGGAUCCAGCUCGACGGAGUCUAGCCAUUGCAAAGUUCUUGUAGACUUAAAUCUUUCGGAAAAUCACAAUAUAAGGGCAAAACUUGCUCCACAGCAUGCAGUGGUGCAAGUAACACAGAAGCCAGGUCCUUGGAAUGCAGAUAAAGACCAGAACCGAAAAUAUGCCAGCUCACUGGCCAUAGUUAAAAAAAGAGGAACUAUUCCUAUUACUCUUUUGCCUACACCACUCAAAACCUUGACUUACUCAAAUUUUGGUAAGCCAGAACAGGAUGGAUACAAAAUGUUAGAUAGGAAAAUUUUAGAAGCUGAAAAAAGAGCCGUGGAGGAAGCAACUCAUGAAGAUAAGGAAAGGGGUGGCGAAGAAGAUGAACUGGAUAAUGGAGGUGAUGGAACGGACCAUGGAAUAUGGAAACCUACCAAUGAUGGACAGUUGCGUCGCGUAGUUAAACUUAAGAGGCCACUUAGGCAUGCAAUAUUCCUUGGCCCCAAAUCUGCGAAACAAAGCAGGCUUCGGCAGACUAGUUAUCACACGAAACCCAAGGUCACGCAUACUUUUCCUAGCACAAGUCUUUCUAAUCUGGACAAUAGGAUAAAGGAUUACUCUGGAGUACUAGAAAGCAAAGAUUCACAAGAUAAUAUUGCCUUAAGGCAAGUUUCCCAUUUUAAUCAAGAUUAG